CAAUAUUCUCACACUUCCGGUUUACAAUUUUGUCAAAACACGUUUUUUUACCUCUAAAUAAACUUGAUUUUCGCCCUUAGUAUGGGCUCUUGAAGGCCAGCAUUGAACCCCCUUGUCAGUUAGUUUGUAUAUAUCGGCCAAAAUGCCGCCAAAACAUAGGAAAAUCGCCGUAAUGGGCUUCCGAGCGGUCGGAAAGUCCUCGCUGACCAUUCAAUAUGUGGAUGGAUUGUUUGUGGACUCGUAUGACCCAACCAUCGAAAAUACCUUUCAGAAGCAAGUAAAAAUUCGAGGGCAGGAUUAUUGUCUCCAGCUGGUGGACACUGCAGGACAGGAUGAGUAUUCCAUCUUCUCCUCUAACUACUCCAUGAACAUUGAUGGAUAUGUUCUUGUCUACUCUGUCAACUCAAAGAAGAGUUGGGAAGUCGUUAAAGUCAUCCAUGAUAAACUCUUGGACCAAAAGGGAAUGAAUGUCCCACUUGUUCUCGUUGGCAACAAGACAGAUCUUCGUAUGGACAGGGUCAUCAGCACAGAAGAGGGCAAGAAAGUGGCCGACUCGUGGAACGCAGCAUUUCUAGAGGCAUCUGCAAAGGAAAACCAUAGUGUACCUGAGAUCUUCCAAGCCCUUGUCAUGCAGAUCGAGAAAGCUGAGGGAAAUGUGCCGGAGAAAAGUGGCUGUGUUGUCUCGUAAGGCAGUACCCAAUCAGUUCAGUGCUGCGGAUCUCUCAUCUUUUAUAAUGGCUUAUCAUUCUGAAAAGGGCAAGGGCAAGAUUAAAGUGUUCUAUUUUACAGCUGUUUUGAUUUUAGAAGGAAAAACUAACCAAAGCUUUUUCAAGGAAUGUAAUUAUUAGUAAAUUUUACUCGCAAGUUGAACUUAUGCAAAUUUCAACAUGUAUCUUAUACCCCCUCCCCCCUCAGUAGUAGAUUUGCCUUGAUUGUUUAGAGAGUCUUUGAUAACCUUUCAUGUACUUGCAGUGAUUAUAUGGUGAAAUUUCUGUUAAUUUUGGUUGGUGUUACAUUGAUAUUUUACGUGGUUGUGGUUUCCUUUGCGGGUGUUGCUAAUUUGACGAAUUGUAAUUGAGUGACGAGUUGUCGAUGCUUGGCCCCCUAGAAAUGAUAUCAAGAUGAGAAGGUGUCAAUCCCUUGUGGGGGAGGGUAUUAGAUACACAUUGAUACUUGCAUAAUGAUUUAAAGGAAAGAACUUGGAUUGAGAGGGAUUCGAAGUAUAGAAUGAACAUGUGUGGCACACAUCACCUCGGGAUCAUCUUAAAUGAAUGGUCAGCAAAGCAACGCGCAAACAAAUGAUUGAAGUCGCUGCAAUCUGUGAUUAUAAUCAAGUAGCUUUUGUCUCGUGCAAUCAUGGUUGCUGGUGGCGGUGAUUUAAAUUGUUUGUUUGCAUGGAGCAUGCAGAAGAGAAGAGUGAUCUCUUAGGUGGGCUAUCGUUCCUUGAACUUUUUAUAAUAUUUGUCUUGGCUUGUGACUUGAAGGGACUGCGCUGGGAGAAGAUAACUCAAGUUUGGUUAUUUAUCAUGGGCAUUGUCAUUGCUUAAUUCAGCUGCUGUGUGGCCAUGAGAAUAUAUCAUCGCAUUAUCAAUGCAACAUUGAAUGCAUAAUGUAUAGUAUGCUCAAUUUUUAACAAGUUUUCUACCUUAACGUGGUCAUUUUCUGAGCUGCCAUCCUGUGAUCAUUACAUUGUUAGUAUGGUUACAUUGUUACCAUAUACCCUGUACUUCAUUCAUAGAAAUAAACCCCUAUUAGCCAUGCUACUUCAUACCCUGCUGUCACAAGCUAUUCUUCUCACAGUGCAGUCUCUGAAGUGUCAAUCGCCAAGUUACGUUUUUAACUGAAUUUUUCUUGAAAGUCAGUUUGAGCAAAUACUAUGUCUGGUAUAGUGCAUUGGGUAUAGUGUAGUAGGCGUUCAGAGCUCUCAUAGUUUGUAAACCUCAACUAAUAGGAGAAAACUAUAUUCUUACAAAAAAAGUUGUUUAAGUUACAGCCAAUGGACAAGACUCUUUUAAAUGAGGACUGGAUCCAGGGGCGAGGGCGUACAAUUGAUCGCCUCCAGGUGACUACUGUAGAACCUCUCUAUUAAGGACUCUCUUGGCUCCUGCCUUUAGUCGCUCUUUAAACCCGAUCCCCUAAUGUGAACCUGCUUAAAUAUCACAGCAGAUUUUACAACAACUACAGGGUCGUGAUGCAAACGAAUUUGACAAUCUCUGCGACAGAUAUGCAACAUAUGUAUGAAUAAUACUUUCAUUUUGUAGACCAUGAAAUCCCUCUCUUUGCACUUCUUUGGAUAUUUUAUCGAAAUGAAGUGGCUUGUGAAAAUGAGAGAUGAAAGAGUUUUGGUCAUUGAAAUAAUUUCAUUGGUUGAUUUCUACUGUGGGUUGGCGAAGUAUGACUUUUUACAUCCCGAGCAUAGUUAUAUUACGGGAUUCAGUUAUUUGAUUUAUCAGUUGAUUUUGUAGCUUAUACAUACGUAUAUCCCUGUGUAUUGUUCUCGUUUAGUGAUAUUUCAGUGUUUGCAUGGCCCCUACUUCUGUCACAUGAAACAGCCAGCUAUUUGUUUUGGCCUGUACACACUUGACAAUGUAGAAUGCUUCAGAGGAGCGUGCAAGUGUUCAGUACUGCACUGCCCCCUCCUUUCAGCAUUGAAAUUGACCAAUAGCUUUCAACAACAUUUUGAAAUCAAGUUGAAGAUGUGUGGAUUGCAAAAACAGUUGUAGGGUUUGGAGUAAUCUGGCGUAUUGAAAACUAAAAUUCCCAAGCUUCUAUAUUUUUGAAAGUCCCAAAUAUUUCUUUUUGACGGCUAAGUUUCCAAUUUUCCAAUCAUAAAAUAUCUUUUUGUGUUGUUUUGGCAAAUUGUCAUUGUUCGUGCAGUUGCAAAUCUAAAAAUGAAAAUUUCGCAAUUGGCAGUAAUUGUUCAGUAUGAAAUAUUUAACUACACUAAACUCAUGUGUAAAUUGCCAUCGUUUUGUAUCAUAUCAUAUAAACAUGUGUAUAUUCUGUAGCCCUACAUGUAUCAUAGCCCAUUGUAACUGUUAUGUAUAUCAAAUGACCUCAAUAAAUUGUGCUAUGAUUCUAAAUAAAGGAGA